CGGCCGCUGAAAUGCGCGGCGCGCUCCCACGCUUGGUCCCGCUCGCCCUACUACCACUGCUGCUGCAUCCAGCCGGAGCCCUUGCGAACGAGAUCUGCGAGGUUGACGUCUCGCCACUGCUCUCCGCCAACGCCAGCCAUGCCGUGCGGGCCGCGGCCGCCGCAAGUCUCUCCGAGGCCUUUGCAAAGACAGGCUUCGCCAGUGUGGUCGGUCAUGGGGUCCGCACGUCGACGAUCGAGACACUGCGCGCAUCCGCCGUUCAGUUCUUCGCCUCCGACGCCAAGCACGCGUACGACAAGGGUCUAGGAUACGGGCAUGGCGGCUAUGUCCGCAAUGCUGAGGCCGGCGCGCAGCUUCUUGGCGAUUUUUCGCGCCCACACGACCUCGUCGAGAGCAUGACCCUCGGAAAUCUGCUCGCGGCAGAGUCCGUCGGCGGCGCGUGCGGCACUGAGCUAUCGGGGCCGACCGUGGCGACCGGCGGCGGCGGCGAUUUUGGCGGCGGUCUCAUGGGCGGAGGCGGCGGCAGCGGCAGCGGCAGUGGCGGCGUCCGCCUGCAGGAGCUGGCAGGAGCAGCCGGCCUCAGCGGCAGUUGCGAUGGAGGCGGUGCCGAAGAAACUGGAGGCGGCGGGGAUAAGGGCGCGGCAAGCGGCGAUCGGCCAGCGUGGGCCGCCUUCCAGAGCGGCGAUGGCGUGCCGCACCUGCUUCGCGCUCCGGCAACCGCCUUCGUCGCCGAGGCGAGUGGCCUGGGCGACGCCAUCGCUGCGGCGCUCGAAUUGAGCCUUGGAGUGGAGACGGGCGAGAUUGAUGCCGUCGCCAGUCGCCAGUCGUCGGGCGUGCGGCUGGCGCUCUAUCCGCCGCUCGAAAGACGGGCGCAACCCGGCCAGAUGCGGUACGGGGCGCACGUCGACUCGGGCAUGGUGACUGUGCUCUCGAUCGACCCCGCCAACCCGCACGGCCUGCAGGUCGACACGAGCUCCGUCGGCACCUCCGGCGCCGACGACGAGCGCGUGUGGGUGGACGUGCCGCACGUGAAGGGCGCUCUGGUGCUGAACGUUGGCGCGCUGCUGAGCCGGUGGACGGGCGGUCGGUGGAGAGCGUCCGUGCACCGCGUGCUACUCGGCGACCAGACCAAGCCGCGCCUCUCCAUCGUCACCGGCGCCCUCGGCGCGCGGCCCGACGGACCCCCCUUCGCCAGCUUCACCAGCUGCAGGCAGGGCGGCAGCGCGGAUCUGCCACCAGUCCGCGCCGCUGAGUUUUUGUCCGAGCGGGUGACUCUGCACCGCCCAGAGUACCGGAAUGAGAGGGGGCUGGCGACUCCGGAGGAGAUCGAGGAGGAGAGCCAGCGCAUCCGCACGCUGCAGAAGUGA